AUGAAUAAUGUCGAUACCUCAAUAUUACGUCAUAAGCUAAAUCGAAAUGUAAAAACCAAUGAAUAUGCACAUUAUAAUAAUUUACAGGAUCAGGAAAUUAAUAUCUCUAAGCAGGCUUUUAACUAUGCUGUUGAGCAACAUUUUCCACCUUUUGAUAUUAAACGUACACCUAAAUUAAGUGAUCAUGAGAAAGGAAAAGAAAUCAUUAACGCAAUUUUCAUACACAUUGAAAAGGAUUUAAAAAAACUAAAUAAGCAUUAUGCUAUGCAAUUAGGGUUCGAGUAUUGGUACAUUGAUAAAAAUGGAGAUUUAGUAUGUUUUACAAAAUAUACAGAAUUAUUUGUUUAUUUAUCUGAAAGUCAUACUAUCCAACAUCAUUAG